AUGGAAAAAGAAAAUUCUUCAACACCUCCAUUAACUCGUAAUACUGAUGAAACAAAUAUAUUUACUUCUUCAAUAUUUGAUACUUUACAAAGUGAAUCGGACUCUUUAAUAACUGAACAGAUAACUUUAAAUCCCUCUUCUUAUACUCUGCUUGACUCUCCAUCACUACCUACUUUUCAUAAUUCUACGAAUAAUCAAAAGGAGGUUUGGUUUUCGGAUAUAAAUAGUUUGAAUGCUAUUUUUGCUUCUUUAGGUACUUCUAAUGCUUUAGCAAAAAACUCUAAAAUUGAUGAUAGUAAAAAAGAUAUUAUUGAAUGUAGUAAACUGGUUGAUAAUAAUAACUUUAAUACCCUUUUAAUUGAUGAUAUUGAAUCUAGCGAAC